GACGUAGAUGUUGAUGUUUUGGCACUGGUCAAUGACACUGUGGGAACCAUGAUGACUUGUGGAUAUGAUGACCAGCACUGUGAAGUUGGACUCAUAAUUGGGACUGGCACCAACGCAUGCUACAUGGAGGAAAUGAGGCACAUUGAUCUGGUGGAAGGUGAUGAAGGGAGGAUGUGCAUUAACACAGAGUGGGGUGCCUUUGGAGAUGACGGUGCUUUGGACGACCUCCGCACAGAAUUUGAUCGGGAGCUCGAUCUGGGAUCUCUCAAUCCUGGAAAACAAUUGUUUGAGAAGAUGAUCAGCAGCCUGUAUUUGGGGGAACUUGUAAGACUUAUUCUCUUAAAAAUGGCAAAGGAAGGUCUACUCUUCAAUGGGAAAGUGUCAACAGCUCUGCUUACUAAGGGCAAGAUCGAAAUGAAACACGUGUCUGCAAUGGAAAAAUAUAAGGAAGGUCUGAGCAACACAAAAGAGAUCCUUACAGAGCUGAACCUGUUUCCCUCUGAAGAGGACUGCAUUGCUGUUCAGCAUGUCUGCACCAUUGUUUCCUUCCGCUCGGCCAACCUCUGUGCUGCCGCCUUAGCAGCCAUACUGACUCGACUGAGAGAGAAUAAAAAACUGUUAAGGAUGCGAACCACUGUUGGGAUUGAUGGGGGACUCUAUAAAACUCACCCCCAGUAUGCCAAACGUCUGCACAAGGUGGUGAGAAGGCUGGUCCCAAACUGUGAUGUUCGGUUCCUCCUCUCUGUGAGUGGCAGUGGGAAGGGGGCUGCCAUGGUCACAGCGGUGGCGUACAGGCUGGCUGCUCAGCGCAAGCAAAUCGAUGCCACUCUCGCACCUUUUCUGCUGUCACUGGAGACCCUCAGAGAAGUUAGGAACAAAAUGAGGACCGAGCUGGAAUAUGGGCUAAAGCGAGAGACACAAGCCAGUGCCACAGUGAAGAUGUUACCCACGUAUGUCUGUGGGACACCAGAUGGAACAGAGAAAGGAAAUUUCCUUGCCCUUGAUCUUGGUGGGACAAAUUUCAGGGUUCUGCUGGUCAAAAUCAGAAGUGGGAGAAGAAGAUCAGUGCAAAUGUAUAACAAAAUUUUUGCCAUUCCUUUGGAGAUCAUGCAAGGGACGGGGGAAGAGCUCUUUGACCAUAUCGUCCAGUGUAUAGCAGACUUUCUGGAGUAUAUGGGGAUUAAAGGUGCUCGACUGCCUCUGGGCUUCACCUUCUCCUUCCCGUGCAGGCAAGCCAGCAUUGACAAGGGAACACUUGUGGGAUGGACAAAAGGUUUCAAGGCAACAGACUGUGAGGGGGAAGAUGUUGUUGAUAUGCUGAGAGAGGCCAUCAGGAGAAGAAAUGAGUUUGACUUGGACAUUGUAGCAGUGGUGAAUGACACUGUUGGGACAAUGAUGACGUGUGGAUAUGAGGAUCCAAACUGUGAGAUUGGCCUUAUCGCAGGAACGGGCAGCAAUGUGUGCUACAUGGAGGAUAUGAAAAACAUAGAAAUAGUGGAAGGGAAUGAAGGAAAAAUGUGCAUUAAUACAGAAUGGGGAGGAUUUGGUGACAACGGCUGCAUUGACAACAUCAGAACAAAAUACGAUAAAGAAGUAGAUGAAGGCUCACUAAACCCUGGGAAACAGAGGUAUGAAAAAAUGACCAGUGGAAUGUACCUAGGUGAAAUAGUAAGACAAAUUUUGAUCGACUUAACCAAGCAAGGACUGCUGUUCAGAGGACAGAUCUCAGAAUCGCUCCGGAAAAGAGGCAUAUUUGAAACAAAAUUCCUAUCUCAGAUUGAGAGUGACCGGCUUGCUCUCCUCCAAGUCCGACGAAUUCUGCAGCAGCUCGGCCUGGACAGCACAUGCGAAGACAGCAUCAUUGUGAAAGAGGUGUGUGGAGCUGUUUCGAAAAGAGCCGCCCAGCUCUGUGGGGCGGGACUGGCGGCUGUUGUGGAGAAGAAGAGAGAAAACCAAGGUGUGGAGUACUUGCGAAUCACCGUUGGAGUAGAUGGGACUUUGUACAAGCUCCAUCCACAUUUUUCUAGGAUCCUGCGGGAAACAGUGAAGGAACUGGCACCUCAGUGUGAUGUGACUUUCAUGCUCUCUGAAGAUGGCAGUGGGAAGGGAGCUGCCCUCAUUACUGCAGUAGCAAAAAGAUUGCACAAUGUUGGCCAGAAGUAAAAAUGAGAGGUCAAGUCAUUUCAGCACUGCCAGGCGUGUGCACUAGAGAUUUGCUGAGCGGUGAUUCAAGAUAGCUUUGCCAGACACCAGUACACAGGUACCUGUUUUCAGGGAGCAGCUGGUUUUUGACCAACCAGGAGUGUGGAUUUUUGUCCUUUGGUAACUCGGAUCAGGCGUUUCUGCUCCCCACCGGCAUUAUGUCUUGGCGUACCGCAAUCUACUCAGUUCUGUACUUCCUGCAAUGAAUUUAUAAUGCAUGUGGGAGACUGAAAACAAACAAACCAACCAACCAAUCCAGCCAACCAAACAAAAAAGUCAACCCCAAAUGUGUCUUUUUACAAUGGCUUAAUUGAGGUACUGUACCACAACUGAAUUUAUCACCAGUUUCAUAGGAUUUCUGUGUGUUUUAAUUUUGGCUUGGCCUGGCUCAAAGAAUAUUGAGAUCCUGGUGUUGCACAUAUCUAGGGGACAUGUUUGUUCAAUGCUUCACAGGUUUUACAAUAAAUCUGCAAGUAAA